CGCAGGCCACGCGCAAUAACAAUUGAAUCCAGUCAGCACGUGCUGUUCCACUUGCUACAACGUUUUGUACUAGGUCGUGAAUGGCUGUUGAUGAGAAAGAACACAAGGGACACAGGGAAAGGGGCGAGAAGAGAGUUCAAAACGUUCAGGAUUCGAAGGAUGAACAUUGGAGAUCUGCUUUUCCACCAAACAUUACUGUAGAUGAACUAUGGUUGUACAGAAAAAGAAAACCAAGUAUUGCCUGUGUGGGAGACAAUUUAAAAAUAGGAGAAGGCUCUUUUCAGUUUUUGAAAACCGAAUAUAGAAGACGAUUCAAGAAUUUUUAUGAAACACUGAAGACUCUGAAUGAAGAACAGAAAGAUCUUUUAACGACCUCGCCGAUAAGACCACAAUCCUCACUAAAAUUGGAAGGAACACACGAUUUCCAAUCGAACUACAAUGAAUCAUUCAGGAAACAUUCCACAGAAAGCUUGAGCGAUUCUGUUCAUGAAAUAAUUGAUGGAAAGCACAUGGAAAAUGAGACUGCUAACAGGUUAUCAACUUCUUUGGAAUUCCUUGGUGGACCUAGAAAGUUCUCUCGAAAGCGACGGCUACAUAAGAGACUCACAAACUUGGAAAUUCAAGGAGAUUAUUCACAUAUCACAGAACACGCGGAAAAAUUUAUCGGAUAUCUGUUAGAACAAAGAGCAAAGUUGUGCAGGACGCCAACAACUUUAAAACUAGAAGGGGAUAUGGAAACAAAGACUGAAACUAGCACGCAGUAUAUAAAUUUCGACAAAUUCGAUAGAGCUCCACUUUGCAAAAAAUUCACACAGCUGCACUUGGAAGGAGAUUUGGAUAUUCUCACUGAAAAACAGGCAAAGUUUGUGCCAUUCGAGAUUUCCAAGAGACCACCGCUAGUAAAAAAGUCGACAAAUCUGCAUUUAGAAGGCGAUCAGUUUCUGAUUCCGGAAUACAGACAUCAAUACGUGUUCUAUAAUAGUUUAGAAAGGCCAAAACUGAUCUUACCGCUCAACAAUUUGAAGCCUGGCGGUAUGUUCGAAGACGAAACAGCUGGUAAACAACACGAAAGAAACAUGCAUCCUCUUAUCCCGUUUCUGCGAGAUUCUGAUGGCAAGCCUGAUGAUAAUGAAGGCAGAAGACGUAGGCAUGUAUCAACAAGUUCCCACUUCGGCAGCGGAUUCUUAGACAGUGGAACUACAGGCAACGUUUUGACUAGAGUAUCUUCACAUCCCAAUCUGGGAACAAGCCAGGCAAUCGAAGAUGGCUCGGGCAAAACAAAAAAAUUGCAUCAACAGAAUGCAUACAUAGAUUAUGAUUUUGAUAAGAAGCCACCAGCGAGUAGGAGAAGUAGGAAAGAAGGCUUGGGUUUGAGUUAUAUGAAAGGGGAUGGUGCGAUUGACGCAAAACCUGAAUAUAGUAGAGCUUUUGUGGAUUUUCCAAGGCAAAGACCAUCUGUUAAGAGGCCUACAGGUCAUUUGAUUUCCACUGGAGAGGGUCAGUACGUAACGGAGAAAAAGGACAAAUUCAUACCUCAUGGAACCGUGGAGAAAACGGUGUCUUGCAGAAGGAAGCCGGAACUGAAAAUGGAAGGACGUUUCGAGUGCCAACCUGAGUAUAGAAAGGCUUACAUUGAUUAUCUCAUCAGAGAAAAGAAACCACCCUUAGUUAAGGUGACAAGGGCAGUGGAGGAAACUGAUACUAACGAUGUGGUGGAUCCCAUUCCUAGUGAAGUCUUGAGUGAGACUACAGAGAAAGCAGGGAAACCUGAACCUUCCACUCUAGGAAAGAGACCUAGUAACCUGAAUGUCCUUUUGUCGCCUUCUUCGGCCGCUUCAUCUCAUUCGGCCAGGACUCAUUCUCCAAGAGUUACAAAAAAAAUUCAUCGCAACUCAUCGCCACGAGUUGAGGCAGGUGAUUUUGGUCUCAGUCAAUCUUCUAUUCAACCUAGGAAGAUUUCGCCUAGAAGAUCUCUGACACCUUCUCCUAGACUUCAUCAAAGAGUAGAAAGCAAACGCGAGAAUAAGGGCAUUUCUACAGGUGUUGUUAAAGGUAGUUGGAGACCUGCGGAAAAAAAGGGAUCUAUAUCUUCAGACACUGAUGGUUGGUAUUCGUCUUCAGAAGCCGAUCCAGCUUUUUUCAUACUUGAUGAUAGAACUCGAAGAACAAGCUUUAGGAACAAUUUAUAUAAAGAACAGAAGUGGAUGCCCUCAUGGUAUUCUGUUCAGUAAUUUUGAAAUAUUAUUCAUCUGGAAAAUACUUAGAGAAAAACAGAUAGAAAGAAACACGUUUUUCUUUUCAAAAAACAUUGGCUCGUUUCGGAAAGGAUUGAACUAAUUAGAAUAGUUUUUGUAGCUGGCUUGUAGUUAUUUGGUGGAAUAUGGUGGUCCAAUCCCAUGAGGAAUCACACAAUUGUUGAAGAGAAAUAAAAAAAUCUUUUCAGUUGAAAAUUAUUGUGAAUUUGACUGUAUUGUUGUUCAGUGUUCUUUUAUAUGUUGAAUGUGUAGAUUACUGUGAUAGGAACUAUCAGGUUGUUUCAAAAGUUUUGUCCGUUUUAAUAUCUCAAUACAUUUUUCUUUUACUGUAUCGUGGUAUACGAUUAUACCUGCUAAUUGAUAUAGAAUUGUGUAUUCUAUACAUUGAUGAUUUCCAAAUUAUUUUUUUGCCGGGUUUCAGUACAUACUAUAUAAUGUUGAGCGAUUUUCAGCCAAUUUUUCUCUACGAUUCUUUUUGAAACAACCUAAUACUCAUUUAAAGCAUUAUAAACUGUUGAUUAAUAGAGCAUAUGAAGCCGAGUUGGUGAGUAUUGUAUUUUUUCCAGAUCAAAACAUUUAAAUUUUUCAUUUCAAUUGAUACAGAUGAUGAAAUAGAAUUAUUAAAUUCAAAAGAACGGUUAUGUGUGGAAAAAAUCAUAAAUUAAUAAUCUCUUGGAAGCUAUUGAAAAUAAAAUGUUAAGAAUA